ACCAUGUCCAUCCUCAGUUAUUUCAGUGACUCAAGACCUCCAAAGGUCUCUAAUCUUAUGAAACUUCCCUCUUCACCACCCAAAAUUUUAAGUUGCUCUUCAAAUCCUAACCAAACCAACUAGCUAAAAACAUGUUUUUAUGCUUGCUUUUGUUAGCUAUAUAGUUGAAACAUCAGCAACUUCCUGCCCCGGCUGAGCCUCCUCUGAAGGUGUUCUUCCAAAUUUGGAAGAUACCCAACUGAGAUACGCAAAGAAAGAGGAGGAGGGGAAGGAGGAGCCCUUUGACAGGAAGAGAUGGCUUCAUGCACAACAAUCUAUUCGAUUUCGACCACCCCAACGAAAACCAACUGGGGGUUUCACCAAUCCAUCCACAGGCAUGAGAGCCAUGUCUUCUUCUACAGCAGCACAAGGAGAACAAAGAGGUUCAAUGGGUUCUCUGAGAUUUCAUGCUCUGCAGAGGAAGCGAAGACUGUGGUCAUUGGGUUGGCAGCAGACUCAGGGUGUGGGAAGAGCACAUUCAUGAGGAGGUUGACCAGUGUCUUUGGAGGGACCGCAGAACCACCAAAGGGAGGAAACCCAGAUUCCAAUACCUUGAUCAGUGAUACAACAACUGUCAUCUGUUUGGAUGAUUAUCAUUCUCUAGACAGGACAGGGAGGAAAGAGAAAGGGGUGACCGCAUUAGACCCAAGAGCCAACGAUUUUGAUCUCAUGUACGAGCAGGUGAAGAAGCUUAAAGAAGGGAUAACGGUGGAGAAGCCAAUCUACAAUCAUGUCACUGGUCUUCUAGAUCCUCCUGAGGUUAUCCAGCCUCCCAAGAUUUUGGUCAUUGAAGGUCUUCAUCCAAUGUAUGACCCUCGUGUCAGAGACCUUCUCGACUUCAGUAUCUACUUGGAUAUCAGCAAUGAUGUCAAGUUUGCAUGGAAGAUUCAGAGGGACAUGGCAGAACGGGGCCACAGUCUUGAGAGUAUCAAAGCUAGCAUUGAAGCUAGGAAACCAGACUUUGAUGCAUAUAUCGACCCACAGAAGCAAUAUGCUGAUGCAGUGAUUGAAGUUUUGCCGACACAACUUAUUCCCGGUGACAAUGAAGGGAAGAUCUUGAGAGUAAGGCUGAUAAUGAAAGAGGGAGUGAAAUACUUCAACCCUGUUUACCUUUUUGACGAAGGUUCCACUAUUUCAUGGAUACCCUGUGGGAGAAAGUUGAGUUGCUCAUACCCAGGGAUCAAGUUUUCCUAUGGACCGGACACUUACUUCUCCAAUGAGGUCUCUGUAUUGGAGAUGGACGGCCAAUUUGACAGACUAGAUGAGCUGAUCUACGUCGAAAGCCACCUGAGCAACAUCUCUACCAAAUUCUAUGGUGAAGUUACGCAGCAAAUGCUGAAGCAUGCCGAGUUCCCAGGCAGCAACAAUGGCACUGGUCUCUUUCAAACCAUUGUUGGAUUGAAAAUAAGGGACCUCUAUGAACAGAUUCUCUCCAGCAAGGCCUCUGCUACUUUACAAGCUAGCAAAGUUUAAAAAUGGGCCCGAGCUUUUACUUGUUUCAUUCAUUUUUGGGUUGCACGGGGGCUCUUGAUAUGUAGAGCCUUUGAUGUGUAUUUCAAGUGAUGCAUGCAGUAUUGGUGUAAUAUAGGACAAGAUCAAGCGUAUUCCCACUUCCUCUGUUGGGGCAUCCGAAAUCAUGAUAUCUAAUGAUCUCCGCAUCUCCUGCUUUUAA